UAAUCAAACGAAUCGGCAGUCGAAACUAGAGAAAAAUGUCUGUGAUUGGCAUCGAUUUCGGUAACGAGGGCUGCUAUGUAGCGGCUGCCCGAUCCGGCGGCAUCGAGACUCUUGCCAAUGACUACAGUCUGCGCGCAACACCCUCCGUUGUGGCUUUUGAUGGCAAGAAGCGCAUCAUUGGCGUUGCCGCCAAGAACCAGCAGGUGACAAACAUGAAAAACACAGUUGGCGGCUUCAAGCGUUUACUUGGCCGCAAGUUCAACGAUCCACAUGUACAACACGAACUCAAGAGCAUUCCAGCGCGCGUGGAGGCGCGCAAUGAUGGCAGCAUUGGCUUCAAAGUCAACUAUUUGCAAGAGGAUCAGCAUUUCACUCCCGAACAACUGACGGCCAUGCUGUUCACCAAAUUAAAGGAAACCUCGGCGGCGGCCAUGCAAACGCAGGUGAAUGACUGCGUCAUUGCCUGCCCUGUUUUCUUUACCAAUGCCGAGCGUCGUGCUCUACUCGAUGCCGCACAAAUUGCUGGCCUGAAUGUGCUGCGCCUGAUGAACGAGACAACUGCUACGGCGCUUGCAUAUGGCUUCUACAAGAAUGAUCUGUUUGAGGAUAAGCCACGUAAUGUUAUAUUCGUUGAUUUUGGCCACUCGGCGCUGCAGGUCAGCGCCUGUGUGUUCACCAAGGGCAAGCUGAAGAUGUUGGCCAGCAGCUGGGAUCAGAUUGGUGGGCGCGAUAUUGAUCUGGCGCUGGCUGAGUUCUUCACCAAGGAGUUUCUCGAACGCUAUAAGAUCAAUGCCAAGACCAAUGCUCGCGCCAACCUGCGUCUGCUAACUGAAAUUGAGAAGCUAAAGAAGCAAAUGUCCGCCAACAGCACCAAACUGCCGCUGAACAUUGAAUGCUUCUUGGACGAUGUCGACGUCAGCUCAUCCAUGCAGCGUUCCCAGAUGGAAGAGCUAUGCGCUCCAGUGCUACAGCGUGUCGAGCAAACAUUUAAGAAGCUGCUCGUCGAGUCCAAACUCUCACUGGACGAAAUACACUCUGUAGAGAUUGUAGGCGGCAGCACUCGCAUACCAUCUAUCAAGCAGCUCAUUGAGCAGGUGUUCAACAAGCCGGCCAGCACCACACUUAAUCAGGAUGAGGCUGUAUCGCGUGGAGCAGCUCUGCAAUGCGCCAUUAUGUCACCGGCUGUGCGUGUGCGCGAAUUCGGAGUGACAGACAUACAAAACUAUGCCGUGAAAGUGCUCUGGGAUGGCGAUGGCUCAUCAUCGAAUGGCGAAGUUGAAAUCUUUCCGCAAUUCCAUCCGUCGCCAUUCAGCCGUCUGGUGACCAUUGCACGCAAGGGUCCUUUCAAUGCGUCCAUUGUGUACGGUCAACAGGUGCCGUAUCCGGAUCAGACUAUUGGCGUCUGGAAGAUCAAGGAUGUGAAGCCAACGGAACGUGGCGAGAGCCAGGAUGUUAAAUUGAAAGUUCGCAUCAAUCAAAAUGGCAUUGUUCUAAUUUCAUCGGCCACGCUUGUCGAUCGCAAGGAGCAGGAAGAGGCUGCCGCCGCUGGUGAACAGGCCGCCGCUGCCGAGGAGAAGUCAGCCGGCGAGCAAGCGGCACCCAAUGCUGCUGAAUCAGCGGAUGGCCAACCGGAGGGCAAUGACAAGACAAAGAAGAAGACCACAAAGGCAAUUGAGCUGCCAAUGGAGGUGGCCACUCACGGUUUCAAUCCAGCCGAUUUGAGCAACUUCACACAGCAGGAAACUAAGAUGAUUUCUAACGAUCAGAAGGAAACUGAGCGCAUUGAUGCCAAAAACGCAUUGGAGGAGUUUGUCUACGAUAUGCGCAACAAGCUACAGGGAGGACAGCUCGAACGUUAUGUGGUUGAGUCGGAGCGCGAGUCGAUUGUAGCGCAGCUGAAUGAUCUCGAGAACUGGCUGUAUGAGGAGGGCGAGGAUUGCGAGCGUGAGACUUACACCAACCGCUUGACGGCCCUGCAGAAACAAACCGAUCCUAUUAAGCUGCGCGCCCACGACUACGAGCAGUGCCCGGCUGGAUUUGAUGAGCUUAAGAACAGCAUUGCUUGGGCCCGUCAGGCAGUGGCCGAGUUCCGAAAGGGCGUGCCCAAGUACGAUCAUUUAACGGAAACCGAGUUUAUCAACAUUGCCGAAACUGCGGACAAGGCGCAAAAGUGGCUCGACAGCAAUCUGUCUAAGUUCACCCAAUCGCCGCGCACCUCGGACAGUCCCGUGCAGCUACCGGCGCUGCGCCACGAGAUACAAUCGUUGAAUGCCUGCGUUAACUCUGUUAUUACGCGCGCGAAACCGAAGCCGGCUGCUGCCAAGACAACGACACCGCCCAAGGAUGCUGCGGAGCAGAAUGGCAGCGAGCCUAGUGCCGCCGGCGACAAAAUGGAUGUGGACAACAAUGGGCAAGCCGCGGGUGGCAAUGGACCCACCGACGCUGCCAUGGACGUGGAGUGAGCUGUCUGCUGCGGCAUCUUCGACGGUAAUUGAUAUAUUUAAUAAAAAAAACAAAACAAAUAUAUGGUAUUGGCUAACGAUAAAAACAACAACAAAUUUAACUUAACGUAUACAAACAUGAAACAACAAUUGUAUAUGCACUUUUGCUUUUCCGACGCAUCAGAAUCAGCAAACUGGCAAAAACUGUAAACAAAACUAAAUGUGUAAGCGUAUAAAACAAACGAUUGGAUUAAGUGCAGCAGACGAUGGCAGUGGAAGUGACAGACGGAGCUGUAUGGAUGGAUGGAUGGAUGGAUGCAACAACUUAAUAAAAACAUUUUCUAAUCGACCAUUUUUGCAUAGUUAAAUAAUAAUAACAAAAAGCGACACUAAAUGAAUGGAAUUCAAAUAAUCAAAUAAAACCUUAAUGAUGAUUCCAAAAAGCA